CUGUAACAAUAGAGACAAGGUGUGAAGAAAAAAAGGUGACGAAGAAAAAAGGACAAAAACAAGCUUAUUUGCUGAACCGAGGUGACACCACACAAGGAUAUCCUCACUAUCUCCAGUUUUAAACAUCUGCACAGGUUGGCCUCCAGAGACAUGGAUAUAUUCAUGCAUGGGGAUUUCAGUGUGAUUGGUAACACCAGUCAUGACACGGGACGAGAAAGACUAGAAGGCAUCAGAAGUCAAGGGCUCAACAACAGCGACCCCCUGGAUAUGUUUAUAGGGAUGGAGCUUCUUCUACGUUUCCGGCCUCUCUUCCUGCCUCUCUACUGCCUCGUGGUGAUCGUGGCUGGUGUUGGAAACUCCUUCCUGUUGGCCUGCAUCUUAUCUGACAAGAAGCUCCACAAUGCUACCAACUUUUUCAUUGGAAACUUGGCAGCUGGAGACCUGCUGAUGUGUUUGAGUUGCGUUCCACUGACUGUGUCGUAUGCCUUCGACAGCCAUGGCUGGGCGUUUGGGAGACCCCUGUGCCACCUGGUGCCCCUGCUGCAAUGUGCCACCGUGUUUGCAUCAGUGCUUUCACUCACUGCCAUUGCUGUGGACCGCUAUGUGGUUGUAGCUCACCCCGUACGGAGGAGGAUCUCUGUGUGGGGUUGUGGUGCGAUCACUCUGGCGGUCUGGCUUUUAUCUCUGGCCCUGGCGGCGCCCCCAUCUCUCUACACUCGCUAUCUGGACCUGCGACCCAGCGGCAUAGACCUGGUAGUGUGUGAGGAAUUCUGGCCUCAAAGUGGCAAUCUCCGGCUUCUCUACUCCUGCUUUAUACUCAUAGCUUCCUAUAUGAUCCCGCUGCUGUCUGUCAGCAUUUCCUAUUGUGCCAUUACUGUCAGCCUGAAACGCUAUUCUGUUCCCGGGGAGCCGUCCAACAGCCAGCAGUGCUGGAGCCAAAGAAGGAAGAAGACUUUCUCUCUGCUGGUUGCCUCAGUGCUGGCGUUCGCUCUGUGUUGGCUGCCCCUGCAGGUGCUGAACCUGUUGCUGGACCUGGACCCAGACUUCCACAUGAUAGGGAAGCGCUACAUAAACGUCUUACAAGUCUGCUGUCAUUUAGUGGCAAUGAGCUCCGCGUGUUAUAACCCCUUCAUCUACGCCUCGCUGCACAGCAAGGUGCGCAUGCACCUCAGAGGCUACUUCUUUCCCUGUCGCAAUAAUCAGAGCGGGAUGGUGGAGAGGGUGACGUCCAGGAGCUGAUUUCUGACUGUACCCCCUCCCGCUAUGAGACCACCAGAGCCCUACAAGACCACACCUGCAGCCCCUAACACCAAUGUUAACGUCUGAGGUGUCCAGGAGAUAUAAACCAACUGCUUCACAUUGAUUUCAACCAUGUUUUUCCCGCAUUCCAACAGGACAUUCGGUCCUCUCUUGUACAGUGUCACCGCAGGCAGCGCUAAAUAAGGCCACUUGUGACAAACAGUCGAAGAAGAAGCAGAUCUUGACCAGACCGUAUGAUGUUGAAGAAGAUUAAGCCAUCCACUGGGAUCCCUGUGUUUUUCUUGGACGGUAGAGCUGCUGGCAUAGACACUAAGCAGAUCCUGCAGCUUUUGAAAGGCCAGCAGGGGCAUAAACACACCCCGAGGCUGAGGGGUUUGUAGCAGACACGCUGGAGGCUGAGACCAGGGGGGGGGGGCUGGUUACAGCGCCUGGUUUCAGGACUAUUUUAACAGCAAACGCAUCAGUGAGCUGACCAGACAAUGAACUCUCCUCACCAGACUGCAGGCAAAGAAGAGAGCACGUGCAAUACUUGCAAUGUGAUUGUGUUAUUUUUUUUCCUGGUGCAGAAUAUCUGUGCUUCAAAAUCAUUUCUCUAUCCCCUUUUUGGUAGUUUUCUCUCUGUCUAACUUUGUGUCACCUGUGCACAUACACUACUGGUCAAAAG